UCGCCGUAAAUACUGUACGGACAAUGCAGAAACCAGUUUGACCAUAAAUCAGCUUUGCUAAAAACGUCCAAUCAGGAAAAAGCUAAACCCGGAAGUAAUUUAUCCAGCUGUUGGUGUGUGUGUGAGAGAAACAGAGAGAGAGAAACAGAGAGAGAGAGGAGAUGGUGGUUGUUUGUGGCUUUCUUUGGGAUUAAAAUAAUACACCGUAUAAUAAUGUAACCGAAGACAUAAAUCCACGUCUGGUCUCGAACAAGGAACAUUGUGGUAUUUGGGCCUGGAUGAGGUCUGGUAGCCAACCAUGUUCCCCUGCUCCACCACAACACAGCAGACCAGAGGAGAGGAGUAGACAGACAGUACAAUUCAAUGUCAUUGUGAAGAGGACACUGUGAGUGCAGGAUGCAGUCUUCAGGCCACCGGCAGCGCGACACAGAGCAGCACCAACCCCUGCUGUCAGCUGACGAUGACCCUGAGGCUGGGGCAGGUCCUCUGUGUCCUCCGGCUGACCAGGACGGCCUGUGGUUUAUCCAGGACGGCUGUGGUAUAGUCUGUGGUGUGGUGACCUGGUUGUUGGUCCUCUACGCUGACUUUGUGGUCAAUCUGGUGAUGCUGCUGCCAAACAAGAGCUUGUGGUACUCCGUGAUCAACGGAGCGCUGUUUAACUUCCUGGUCGUCAUGGCGCUGGCCUCGCAUCUACGGGCCAUGCUGUCAGACCCGGGGGCGGUUCCUAAGGGCAACGCCACCAAAGAGUACAUGGACAGUCUGCAGCUGAAACCUGGAGAGGUCAUCUAUAAAUGUCCCAAGUGUUGCAGCAUCAAGCCACAGAGGGCUCAUCACUGCAGGUAG